UUGCCCUCAUUAGGACACGUACCACACCGAUAAUGUCGCUACCAAACACCCAGGGCUUCUCUUCUUCCUCUCAGAACCCUACUGCAGGCCCCAUCGAACAGUCCAUCAGGGCAAAGUUGGAAGCCGCUUUGGAACCAGACGUGUUGACGAUCGCGAACGAUUCAUGGAAACAUAGCGGCCAUGCCGCGAUGAGAGAAAUCGGAGGAGGAAAUGGGGAAACUCGUACGCUCCUCGCUCAUUGUUUGAUUUAUUGGACGGAAGGCGAUUUCGCUGUGGAGAUCGUAUCAGCGGCCUUUGAAGGAAAG